CGGCAAGGCGCAAACUCCGCCAUGCAGAAGCCGAGCGCCCCGGACACCGCCCCGCAGCAGCGCCGGGGAUGAGCGUUUUAUGAUCAUGUGCGGCGGCGCUUAUGUUAUUGUUAGUGGGAGGGGAGCACAUGCCUUCUAAGUGAAAUUACGCCAGGAGGCAAGAGCUGUUUUUUUGUAUUGUUGCUGAUGCCCCGCCUCUGAUGGUAGCCUUAAACCUGGCACCCGGCUAAAACAAACCAAAGCCAGCACCGAGCUCCCCACUCAAUCCAAUUAAAGGCGCGACUUGAGGCGCUCUUCUACGUGUUCAUCUACCAGGAUCGACGUUGAGACAACAGGAACCAGAGGGGCUUUGGCCAAAAAAAAAAAAAAAAAAAAAAAAAAAAGGAGAGAAGGGGGAGAGAGAAGAGAAGGAGAGAUUGCCUUGCCUUCUAAUUUCUCCCUCUCCAAGCCACAGAACAAUGUCGAUGAGCCCUAAGCAUACGACUCCUUUUUCUGUUUCCGAUAUCUUGAGUCCCCUUGAGGAGAGCUAUAAGAAAGUAAGUAUGGAGAAUAACAACUUGGGGGCACCUCUCGCUUCUUACCGGCAGCCGCAGGUCUCUCAGGCGGCGAUGCAGCAGCACCACAUGGGCCACAACGGGACUGUGUCAGCGGCUUACCACAUGACAGCUGCGGGUGUCUCCCAGCUGUCACACACCGCCAUGGGAGGAUACUGUAACGGCAACCUGGGCAACAUGGGCGAGCUGCCGGCGUACCAGGACGGGAUGCGGGGCAGCGCCACGGCCACCGGCUGGUACGGAGCCAACCCGGACCCGCGCUUCUCCACCAUUUCUCGCUUCAUGGGCUCUUCGUCGGGCAUGAACAUGGGCAGCAUGGGCAGCCUCAGCUCCCUGGCGGAUGUGGGCAAAGGCAUGGGCUCCCUGUCCAGCACCCCGAGGAGAAAACGACGGGUGCUUUUCUCCCAAGCGCAGGUCUACGAGCUGGAGCGCCGCUUCAAGCAGCAGAAAUACCUGUCGGCGCCGGAGAGGGAGCACCUGGCCAGCAUGAUCCACCUCACCCCGACCCAGGUGAAGAUCUGGUUCCAGAACCACCGCUACAAGAUGAAGAGGCAGGCCAAAGACAAAGUGUCCCAGCAGCAGAUGCAGCAGGAGAGCGGCUCCUGCCAGCAGCAACAGCAGCAGCAGCAGCAGCAGCAAUCCCCGCGAAGGGUGGCCGUGCCGGUGUUGGUGAAGGACGGCAAGCCGUGUCAAGGCAGCGGCCACACGCCAACCUCCUCCGCGCAGACGCACCACCAGCAGGGAGGCAACGUGAUGAUCAUGUCCAACAACGCCUCCGGGCUCGGGCAGCAUCAGAGCCAGCAGGUGGGCAGCUCGGGUCACUCCCCAGACUUGGCGCAGCACUCCUCCAGCCCGCCGUCCCUGCAGAGCCAGGUGGCCGGCCUCUCCCACCUGAACUCCCCCGGAGCGGAAUACGGCUCGGCCUUACAGUGCUCGGCCCUGUUGUACGGCAGGACGUGGUGACAAGACGCACCGGCUAUGAUUGAAAAAUUCCCCCUGAAGUGAAAAAGAAGAAAAGGCAGGUUUCAGCAUACAUGCACGCAUUGAACUAGAAUAAAAAAAAUAAAAAUAAAAAUAACUCGAGCAAAACCGGUGCAGAUUUUUCCUCCAAGGGAACACACGCAGAAGAAACUUUCCUCAUAAACUGUGGAUGUGAACGUCCUGGGAUUUAUUUAUGUAAAUUAUAUAAAGGGGCAAGAGAAGAUUGUUGCCGUAGACUAAUAGUUGGAGGGACACCUGUCCGUGAACAGGGACGCAUAAAGCCGUCUGGACUGCAGUGAAAGACGCGCGACUCUCCCUUCUAAUAGAAUUUAAUGUCAGCCGUAGGUCUAGCUUGUACAUUUCUGUAAAAGGUUUGAAUUCUAGCUCUUUGUUGUACAAACUUUUGGACGCUAUUGCUAGUUUGUCGUGGUUUCCCUGGUAUUUGUACGUUUUAUUUCUUUGUAACUUAUAUAGAUAUUUGACUUACAACAAAACAGUCCUAUUAAUAAAUUAUGGAAACGAGACAGCUAAA